CUUCAGAGUACUUGACAGAGUUGAGAUUACUAGAGAAAAAAAAGAAAAAGAAAUUCUGACACUUCUGCUCUCUUUCACCCAUCGUUUUAUUAUCUUUUUUAUUAUCACAGAGAUACAGAAAGAGAGCUUCACAGACAGUCAAUUGAUUUAAUGGCGGAAGAAGAAGAAUCUUUUGCUGGUAGUUGCGGCGUCAGACCGAACAGUACUCUCUGUUUGAAAACAGAUUGAGAUAUGUGUCCAGAUUCUUUUUCUUUUGAUCUAUUAGAUCAGGUUUUCGAGUUUGAAGAGUUUUCAAUUUUGAGGGAAGUUGAUUGGAAAGGAUAAUAAAAGUUGAUUACAGAGUCAGUUUCUUGAUUUGGUUUUGUUGAUUACCGGAACUAGUUAAUAAAGGUAAUUUUUCUGUUCCUGUUGCUUCAAGAAACAAACACUUGUUUGUAUUUGGUAUAAGGAUUCUAAGCAGAUCCGAUCUGGUAAUCUAUUCAAUCGUAUUGGAUUUCUGAUGGCGAAUCCAAAUAUGAGCACAAGGGAUAUCAGUAAUAUUCUAUAUGAUGUUGCAUUAGAAUGCAUAAUGGAUCGAAUAGAUGAUGCAAGAGAUAGGGAUUCAAUAUCUUUAGUAUGCAAGAAAUGGAAUAAUACAGAUGCUUUAACUCGUAAACAUGUUACGAUUGCUUUAUGUUAUACGACUACGCCGAGUCGAUUGAGUAAAAGGUUUCCACAUUUGGAGUCCUUGAAAUUGAAAGGUAAACCUAGAGCUGCAAUGUUUAAUUUGAUACCGGAUGAUUGGGGAGGAUAUGCUGGUCCAUGGAUUAAUGUGAUUUCUCAGUCUUUUACAUGUUUGAAGGCGCUUCAUUUUCGAAGGAUGAUUAUUACGGAUAAUGAUCUUGAAAUUCUUGGUAGAUCUCAUGGAAGUAGGCUUCAUACUCUUAUGCUGGAUAAAUGUUCUGGAUUCUCUACUGAUGGACUUUUACAUAUUACACGCACUUGCAGAGCUCUGAAAAUCCUGUUUCUGGAAGAGAGCACAAUAGAAGAGAAGGACGGUAGAUGGCUCCACGAGGUUGCUCUACACAACACAGUGCUAGAGACACUGAACUUCUUUUUAACUGAUCUAAGCAAGAUUGCUAUCGAAGACCUUGAACUAAUUGCCAGAAACUGCAGUAAAUUAGUCUCCAUUAAAAUUAGUGAAGUCGAGAUCCUUGAACUAAUUGGCUUUUUCCGGACAGCUACAAGAUUAGAGGAGCUUGCUGGGGGUGCCUUUAAUCAGCAAUCAGAAAUGUAUGCAGCCAUUACUCUCCCAAGAACUUUGCGUUUUUUGGGUCUAGGCUACGUUGGAGCUGAUGAGAUGCACCUAAUAUACCCUUUUGCAACCUUACUGAGGAAACUUGAUCUUCAAUAUUCGUUGCUUGAUACAGAAGGUCACUGCCAGUUGAUUCAACGGUGCCCAAAUUUAGAAGUUCUGGAGGCCAGGAAUGUGAUUGGAGACAGAGGGCUUGAGAUUCUUGCUCAGUACUGUAAGAAGUUAAAAAGACUUAGAAUUGAGAGAGGCGCUGAUGAGGGUAUGGAGGACGAACAAGGGGUUGUAUCACAGAGAGGAUUAUCUGCGUUAGCACAGGGUUGUGUUGAGCUGGAAUAUCUGGCCGUAUAUGUUUCUGAUAUCACUAAUGCAUCGUUGGAAUGUAUAGGCACUCACUGCAAAAGCCUGUGCGAUUUUCGCCUAGUUUUACUCGACCGAGAAGAAAAUAUAACAGAAUUGCCCCUUGACAAUGGUGUCCGAGCUCUAUUGAUGGGUUGCCAGAAGCUUAGGAGGUUUGCUCUCUAUCUACGAGCUGGGGGGUUGACUGAUGUUGGCCUCAGGUAUGUUGGGCAAUACAGUAACAAUGUUAGGUGGAUACUUUUGGGUUAUGUGGGAGAAACAGAUGAAGGACUUAUAGAGUUCUCCAGAGGAUGCCCUAACUUGCAGAAACUUGAAGUUAGGGGAUGUUGUUUCAGCGAACGUGCAUUGGCUGAAGCUGUUCUGCAACUGACUUCUCUGAGAUAUUUGUGGGUGCAAGGAUAUAGGGCAUCACCUCAACCAGGUAGUGAUCUUUUGCCCAUGGUUCGUGAUUUCUGGAAUAUUGAAUAUAUACCUCCAAGACAGGUGAUUCACAAUGAAAACGUAACUAUCGACCAUCCGGCUCAAAUACUGGCGUACUACUCCCUUGCUGGCCAAAGAACUGAUUAUCCAUCUACUGUCAUUCCUUGGAUAUGAUUGUGCGGUCCGUGAAAGUCUACCAAACUGUAAAUUCCCUUUUGACCUUCUUUCUGGAUUUCUUUCUUCUUUGUCGUACCAAGUUACUUGUACUCUCUAUAAGGUACCACUUGUCCAUAGGUCUUUCUGAUUUCUACAUUUACUUCGGCGUCAAAGAUUUUGUUAAUGAAUGGAGCCAAGCUUGAAUAAAUUAGUCGAGCUCAAGUCUUGUUUGAGU